CCAGUGUCUGUGGGGACUGGGAGAGGAACAUGGACAGUCCUGUGCCUUUUCUGGAUGGCAGUCCUACUGAAUUGAAGGAACCACAAAAUACAUUUUUAAGUGAGGAGGAUGUCCUGCGAUGGCUGGCAACUCAGGUUGACCCCAGCAAAGAGUUCGCCAUCUGUGUGUCUAGAAUGAAUCUACUGGAACGUGGUCUGAUGCUGUGGCAGCGCCAGAAGUACAGCUCGCCAGUCAACCCCUUGAAGGUGACAUUCAUAGGAGAACCUGGGGUUGACAGUGGUGCUUUGCGGAAAGAAUUUCUGACAGAGAUGAUUGCCGGCAUAGAAAUGCGUCUGUUUGAGGGAGAGGAUGGCAAGGGAAAAAUGCCCAAGUACUCUCUAAAUGACCUGGACAAUGGCCUCUUUCGAGUUGCUGGGGAAAUAUUUGCAGUAAGCCUCGCACAGGGUGGCCCAGCACCAAAGUUUUUACAAGAAUGGUGCUACAAUUUCCUUUUGACUGGAAACCUAGAAAAUGUUUCCAGAGACCAUAUACAUGACCUGGAGCUCUCAUCACUCAUCAAGAUGGUUGAAGAAACAUCAGACUUGUCAUCAUGCACAGAACAAAUUCUCAACUGUGGCUACACUGGACCUAUAAACGAGGGCAGCAGAGACAGUAUAACAAGAGCAAUUCUCCUGCACUCGGCUGUAAGACGAACAACCAUGCUUAGGCAACUUCGUGAAGGACUACAACUCUAUGGCUUUAUUGGGGUGAUGGAAAGGAACAGAGAGCUUUGCCGUGGCUUCUUUGUAGCUGGUGAUGAUGAUAAGGUGGACUCUAACUACAUUGUGUCGAAUUUGGCCCCAACUAUGAGCGAAAGCGGUUCACAGAAGCAUGCAAGAGAGACACAAAUUCUAAAUAACUUUCAGGAUUUCCUGCAAGAGCUUGAGGAUGGAACAACUGAAGAUGAUGCUGCUGAUGCGCUUUCUGUCCCACGUGUGCUGCAGUGGUUAACUGGACAGUCACACAGGCAUCUACUACUUUCAGAAAGAGAAAACUUCAAGAUCAAAGUCCACUUUGACCACACUUGUAUGGAACGGAUACCAAACCACACCAUUUGUUUUCCACUUGUUAGUGCAUGUGCACAAUCAAUCACUUUUCCCACGGCACAUUGUGUGCAUUACUCUGAAUUUAAAGAAAAUAUGACCGCAGCAAUCAAAUGUGGUGCAGGGUUUUAUAGGAUCUAAUCUCAGUUCUGUAAUGAGUAUUUUCAUUAUUCAAACUGUUUUAUAGUUAUGAAUUCUUUCCUUACACCUUUUUAAAUUACACCAUUUUAGCAUUAUUACUCAGUGUUAGUUUUAGUACACAAUAUAGACAAAGGGAUUGAAACAUGUGCUUGUUCAUUGUUUUUCUUUCUUAUAAGCUUAGGAUGUUGUGUGGCACUACAUCAUUUCAAAAGUAGUGGGUGGAGCACCAUCAUUCCACACUUGUGGACUUUAUACCCCUAUAGCCAUGAUGCCAAAAAGUUUGUCCUAUUCCAGAGUUCUAUUCUAGGACAGACAACCUUUUAUGUAUUUAUACCACUGUCAGCAAUGGGUGCCACUUAAAUUAUCUAAAUGUAUUCAUAACAAGGGGUG